AUGUCUAGGCCCAAGGGACUGUUAUGGCUCCCGUUGUUUUUCACCCCAGUCUGCAUCAUGUUAAACUCCAAUGUCCUCCUGUGGAUAACUGCUCUGGCCAUCAAGUUCACGCUCAUUGACAGCCAAGCUCAGUAUCCAGUUGUCAACACCAAUUAUGGAAAAAUCCGGGGCCUAAGAACACCCUUGCCCAAUGAAAUUUUGGGUCCAGUGGAGCAAUACUUAGGGGUCCCCUAUGCAUCACCUCCCACUGGGGAGAGGCGGUUUCAGCCCCCAGAACCUCCUUCCUCGUGGACUGGGGUUCGAAAUGCCACCCAGUUUGCAGCGGUGUGUCCCCAGCACCUGGACGAGAGGUCUUUAUUGCACGAUAUGCUGCCCAUCUGGUUUACCGCCAAUUUGGAUACUUUGAUGACCUAUGUUCAAGAUCAGAAUGAAGACUGCCUUUACUUAAACAUCUAUGUGCCCACAGAAGAUGGAGCCAACACAAAGAAAAACGCAGAUGAUAUAACCAGUAAUGACCGUGGUGAAGAUGAAGAUAUCCAUGAUCAGAACAGUAAGAAGCCCGUCAUGGUCUAUAUUCAUGGUGGAUCUUACAUGGAAGGCACAGGCAAUAUGAUAGAUGGGAGUAUUUUGGCAAGCUAUGGAAAUGUCAUCGUGAUAACCAUUAACUACCGUCUGGGAAUAUUAGGAUUUUUAAGCACCGGUGACCAGGCAGCCAAGGGCAACUAUGGUCUCCUGGAUCAGAUCCAAGCCUUACGGUGGAUUGAGGAGAAUGUUGGAGCCUUUGGUGGAGAUCCCAAGCGAGUGACCAUCUUUGGCUCUGGGGCCGGAGCCUCCUGUGUCAGUCUGUUGACUUUAUCACACUAUUCAGAAGGUCUGUUCCAGAAAGCCAUCAUCCAGAGUGGGACCGCCCUGUCCAGCUGGGCCGUGAACUACCAGCCUGCCAAGUACACUCGGAUAUUGGCAGAUAAAGUCGGCUGCAACAUGCUGGAUACCACCGACAUGGUUGAAUGCCUUCGAAAUAAGAACCACAAAGAGCUCAUUCAGCAGACCAUCACCCCGGCCACCUACCACAUUGCUUUCGGCCCUGUGAUUGAUGGUGACGUCAUUCCAGAUGACCCCCAGAUCCUUAUGGAGCAGGGUGAGUUCCUGAAUUAUGACAUCAUGCUGGGUGUCAACCAGGGGGAAGGCUUAAAGUUUGUGGAUGGCAUUGUGGACAAUGAAGAUGGUGUGACACCCAACGACUUUGACUUCUCCGUGUCCAACUUUGUGGACAACCUUUACGGCUACCCAGAAGGGAAAGACACCUUGAGGGAGACCAUCAAGUUCAUGUACACAGACUGGGCAGACAAGGAAAACCCAGAAACACGACGGAAGACCCUGGUGGCACUGUUCACUGACCACCAGUGGGUGGCCCCCGCGGUGGCCACGGCAGACCUGCAUGCCCAGUAUGGCUCGCCCACCUACUUCUAUGCGUUCUACCAUCACUGCCAGAGUGAGAUGAAGCCCAGCUGGGCAGACUCAGCCCAUGGUGAUGAAGUCCCCUACGUCUUUGGCAUACCCAUGAUUGGCCCUACUGAGCUAUUCAGCUGCAACUUCUCCAAGAAUGAUGUGAUGCUCAGCGCUGUGGUCAUGACCUACUGGACCAAUUUUGCCAAAACUGGUGAUCCUAACCAGCCAGUUCCUCAGGACACCAAGUUCAUUCACACAAAACCCAACCGCUUUGAGGAAGUGGCCUGGUCCAAGUAUAAUCCCAAAGACCAGCUGUAUCUGCAUAUUGGCCUGAAGCCCAGAGUGAGGGAUCACUACCGAGCAACAAAAGUUGCCUUCUGGUUGGAACUUGUCCCCCAUUUGCACAACUUGAAUGAGAUAUUCCAGUAUGUCUCAACAACCACAAAAGUCCCUCCUCCAGACAUGACAUCCUUUCCAUAUGGUACCCGGCGAUCGCCUGCUAAGAUAUGGCCAACAACCAAACGUCCAGCUAUCACUCCUGCCAACAACCCCAAACACUCUAAGGACCCUCACAAAACAGGGCCCGAAGACACCACUGUCCUCAUUGAAACCAAACGGGAUUAUUCCACCGAAUUAAGCGUCACUAUUGCUGUAGGGGCAUCCCUACUCUUCCUCAACAUCUUGGCAUUUGCAGCGCUCUACUACAAAAAGGACAAGAGACGCCAUGAGACACACAGGCGUCCGAGUCCCCAGAGAAAUACCACCAAUGAUAUCGCUCACAUUCAGAAUGAAGAGAUCAUGUCUCUGCAGAUGAAGCAGCUGGAACACGAUCAUGAGUGUGAAUCUUUGCAGGCUCACGACACACUGCGACUAACCUGCCCGCCGGACUACACCCUCACGCUACGCCGGUCCCCUGAUGACAUCCCACUUAUGACACCCAACACCAUCACCAUGAUUCCGAACACACUGACGGGCAUGCAGCCUCUGCAUACGUUCAACACCUUCAGUGGGGGACAGAACAGUACAAAUUUACCCCACGGACAUUCGACCACCAGAGUAUAG